AUGGUUGUUGUUGUAACGCGCCUUACUGUGGUAAUCUCAGCAAACUCCGUGCCAAGCAAUGGAGGCUCAUUUACAAUAAAAUUCCAUGGUUAGUAAGUUAAAUUGUUUUUGAGCGUGUUUUAAAGUUUAAUUAUUAUUGUGUGAUAGUGAAAUUUAAAUCAUCUGUGAACAAUCUUCGAUACAUUAGCAUAGAUCCCUAUUGGCAUGGAGCUAGGAGCGCACUGAUAGUGAUAGUCUAUGAGAUCUUGGUUUCUAUGCAUUGCCUGCCAAAGAAGAACUGAGCCCAAUGUUUCCACACAAUUCUAGUUCACAUGAGAUUUCUACUAAAACAAAUGCCUUCGUACAAAAUUCCAAGGGGGAUGUAGUAGUAUUAGAGGAAAGCAGUCUGAGUGGGGCGCGGGAAGGGGAACGACCAGAGCAUGCUAGGUACUGUGAUAUCAAAUUCAUAAACAGCAGCAUGAUGGCAGCACCUACCAGCCACCCCAAAGCUACCGUCGCCAAUGACUUCAUAACCGUCCUGCCACGCCAAUCUGGUGAGCUCAGCUUUGCCGUUGGAGGUGAGGCCUGCCAGUCAGUGGCUACAGAAACCACAAAAAAUCCAACAAAUAACCUUCUAACCUACGAUAAUAAUAAUAAUUAUAAUAAUAAUAUUAAUAUUAAUAAUAAUAAUAAUAAUAAUAACGAUAAUAUUAAUAUUAACAAUAAUAAUAAUCACAACAAUGCAGAACAUAAUCAUCACAAGUACAGAAAGCAAAACACACCGGGGUCGCUUGGUCAGCUAGGCAGCUCCGCUGAUCAGUCUAAUUUUACGUGUAAACCGUUAAGUGAUAAUAAGGAUAGCUUUAGUGAUAUAAGCAUUAGGGUACUAAAGUUAAGUCUACAUAUAAUUGAUAGAAUGUACGAUGCGCGGUCUACCGCUGGGGUACCUAGCCUAGUUAGGAUACCCAAGUCUGAUCGCCCCCAGCGGCAUCCGCGUUUCGUUAAUAUUGUCGACAAUUACUUCUUACUAGGGUCCCGCCUUAAUCAGGGCGACAACAAUAACCUUAAGGCUAAUCUUAGUCUGAUAAGUAAUAAUUAUAAAAAUAAUAAUAAUAAUAAUAAUAUUAAUAUUAAUAAUAAUAAUAAUAAUAACUCAAAGUCUGUGAUAUUGCUCAGCUCAACCAGUUACGGUGACUCCUAUCUAUUUGUGACCGGUGAUUGGUUUGCUCGUAAAAAUAAUGAUGACGACGACGACAACAGUGACAAUGAUGUCGAUUAUUUGUUUAAAAUUAUUUUAAUUAAAAACAAUACUUGUUUUAAUGACGGAUAUAAAAUUUUAAUGAAAUUACUAGGCGAUAAGAAUUCCCUUGUUACCAUUAAUGAUAAUAAUAACAACGGGGAAGCCGUCAAGUAUGAGCAGCUCAGUCUGUCAAGCAUUCGACUAGCUAUCAAUGAAAUCAACAACAAUAACAACCACCUCAUGACUAUCAACGAUGAUGAUGAUGAUGAAGAUGAUGAUCAAGAUGUGCAUUUUGAAUGGAUUGCUUCCCGGACAUGUGCUCAGAAUAAAACGGCGCGAAAAUACGCCAAUUCUUCCAUUACGCUUAUCGUUUGCAAAAACGAAAUCACCGACCACACUAUUUUUAAAUAUUUUUUGGAUAAUCUCAUUAAAUUUAAACGAGCAAUCACCACUACUGCAACUCCAACAGUUAUAACUUAUAAAUUUAUUUUUAAUGUCACCGUAAGUAAGCUGAUGCAACGCAUAUGUGUUCCAUUAAUGAUUAAGAAUAAUAAGCGUUACGAUAACAACGUUGGUAAUAAUUAUUGUAACUAUAAUUAUAAUUAUGAUUAUGAUUGUAUUGAUGAUGAUGACGAUGAUGAUGAUGAGAGUAGGUGUAAUAAUGGCGAAAAAGAGAUAAAUAUUACUAACAAUAAUCCAGUUGUUAUCCAAGACAUUGUUAACGUCGCUGUGUGCUACAAGACUAGCUGUGUAAUGACUACUAAUAUUAGUAUGUUAGGGUCUCAAAAUGAUGGUAUUAAUUGUACCGAAGCAACAAUAUUUACUGUUGGUGCUCUUUCAUUUCAGGAUAAUUAUAAGUCUAAUAACAAGCCUCUAAAUGAUAGUUUUAAGAAUAAUAAGUAUCAAGUGUCUGCUAAGGUUGGUCAUGAAUCUAACUAUAUUGUUAAGUCUCUAUCUAAGUCUACGCCGAGCGAUAAGUCUAGUGAUAAGUCUGAUAUGUCUCAUCAAGCUCGAUUUGACAAACCUGACUACGACGACGACGAUGACAACAAUGACGAUCAAGAUCAAGAUCAAGAUGAAGAUGGUGAUGAUGAUGAUGAUUACUACGUAAAGUAUGACAAGUGUGUCAGAUCGGACGUCAACAUUCCUACAUUGACUACCUGCGAGCCUACGAUGACGCUUAAUAAUAAUAAUCAAUCAUCAACCGUCACAUCAAAAACAAACAGCGUACCUGUUUCUCGAGAAACCAUAAUCGAGAAUUACUCGAACGAUGAUGAUGAUGCUGAUGAUGAUAAUAAUAAUAUUAAUAAUAAUAAUAAUAAUAAAAAUAAUAAUAAAGAUAAUGACGAUAAUACCAAUAUUACCAAUUCAACAUCAACAACUACUGAUAUUUGUCAAGAUAAUUACAAUGGGGAUGCUGCAGGGUCAUAUACUCGGAAUUGGGCAAGACUGAUCGCUUAUGUUAGAGCUCUCAUUCCUGCUUAUUUAGAGGCGUACAAAAACAACGAGAGCAAAUGCGAAAGCCAACGUAAUCAGCUCAAAAAUGCUCUGCAUUGUCUCUUUGGAGAAUCAUCUUGUGUUUCUUCAUAUCAUAACGAUACUCAAUACGAUCCAGUUAUGGAUUACAAACGUCGAUGGGGAAUAUCGGCUGUUCUAUCGCUUGCUGGUGGAGGAGAAAGCUCCCUUAAUAGUGGCACUGGUACCAAUUGGGGAUCAACACCAGCCACGACACCCAAUAACAACAAUGCCAAUCAAUCUGGAUGGGGAAGUACACCAGGAAAUGCACCUCCGUCAUCAGCUAAUUGGGGUAAUAAUAAUGUUAAUCGAGCUGUUACUGGUAAUUCAAAUCAAAAUCAAGGUCCACCUGUUAACCAAAAUAAUUCUGGUAAUGCCAAUAAAGUUAAUAAUCCAAAUCCUUCGGGUAAUUCACAAACUGGACCACCGACAUCACAGCCACCUAAUUCAACUCCGGGUAAUCAGAAUACCGGACCUUGGCCUCAGGGUAAAGCUAGCAAUCCUGUUAUUCCAGGACAAAAUCAGCCUGCUCAGAAUAAUAAUGGUAAUAAUGUAACACCACAAUCAACAAAUGCCAAUGCUAAUAAUAAUACAGUAAGUAACACAACUCCAGGAAUAGUUGCUACAACUGUCUCAUCACCUACUAGCAAUCCUUCAACAAAACAGCAACUCGAACAAUUGAACACUAUGAGAGAAGCACUUUUUAGUCAAGACGGCUGGGGAUGUCAGCAUGUAAAUCAAGAUAUUAAUUGGGAUGUACCUACUUCUCCCGAACCUGCCAUAUCUAAAGACGGUGUACCAAUGUGGAAACCACCAGUUAACAAUGGAACUGAUUUGUGGGAUGCUAAUUUACGUAAUGGUGGUCAACCACAACCAACUCAACAAGCUAAAACUCCCUGGGGACAUACUCCAUCAACAAAUAUCGGCGGUACUUGGGGCGAAGAUGACGAGUCUGCAGAUUCAUCAAACAUGUGGACUGGAGCUCCAACUCCCAGUCAACCAAAUACUGCACAGUGGCCUGGUACAAGUGGUAAUAAUCAAACAGGAUCCAGCUGGGGAGAUCCUCGCAUUGAUCCUCGAGAUCCUCGUGAUAUACGCUCAGUAGAUCCACGUGAAAUGCGUGAUCCUCGUGACCAUCGUAUGUCUUUAGAUCCACGUGAUCAUAUACGUGUUCUAGAUCCUAUGACUCGUGAUCCACGAAUGACUGAUAUGCGUGGCGAUCCUCGUGGAAUAUCAGGUCGUCUAAAUGGUGCGAGUGCAGAUGCCAUGUGGGGACAACCACCAGGGCCACCGCAUCAACAAAUGAGUCACCAACAUCCUUCUGGUCCACCAGCUAAAAUGAUAAAUCCGUCUAGUAUGAAUCAAUGGGCAGCACCACCGCCAAAGGAAAUAAUGCCUGGAAAACCAUCAGGAUGGGAAGAGCCUUCACCACCUAGCCAACGACGAAAUGUACCCAAUUAUGACGACGGUACCAGCUUGUGGGGCAAUCCGGUAGCAAAUCAACGACCUAUGCCCAACAACAAGGUAUCACACUGGAGAGAUUUGCCUUCAAGUAAUUUAGGACGUGGUGGAAUGCAGUGUCCACCUGGAAUGCCACAAAAUCGUAUGCCAGGACAACCAGGUAUGAAACCUGAUGUUGGAGGACCUAUGUGGGGACAUCCUGGUGGUCCAGGAGGCCGCAAUGGCUCAUGGGGAGAUGGACCACAUGACACCUCUAAUUGGGAUGAUCCUAAAACACCUGCUUCAUGGAAUGAACCACCAAUAAAUCCAGCCAAUUGGGGUAAUCCUUCAGCUCACAAACCAAAAUCCAUGGGACCGAGUGGAAGCUGGGGUGAAAGUGACAUGGAACCAACACCAAGCUGGGGCCAUCCUACCAAGCCAACUCUUACCAAAGAAGUUAUUUGGAACAGCCGAGAAUUCCGUUAUCUCUGCGAUAUGGGAUUCAAGAAGGAAGAUGUUGAAGCUGCUUUGAGAAGCCGUGAUAUGAACAAAGACGAAGCUCAAGACUUAUUGAGCCAAAUACGUUCUACAGAGCAAUGGCGUCGACACGAAACCCCAUCAGGGUACGAUCCCUCCAGCCAGGCCAUGUCUUCAGUCUAUCCUAAAUUCAAUCACGUCGCUCAGCAAAUGUCCUUCCAACCGGGGGCUGGAGUACCUAGCGGUGCGGGAUCCGGCAGCGUAAGUGGUUCGGUGGCCAGUGCAAGUCUAUUGAAGCUCCAGCAGCAACAACAGCAACAAUCGGCAGUUCCAUUGCAGCAACAGCCAAAUGUCAAUCCGCAGCAACCGCCUUUUAACCAGGCAUCGAGAUUACCCCAGAAUCCGCCGAGUACACAGCAACUACGUAUGCUAGUCCAGCAGAUCCAACUUGCCGUCCAAGAGGGUUAUCUUAAUCAACAGAUUUUGAAUCAACCGUUGGCACCAUCAACACUGAUACUCCUUAAUCAGCUGUUGCAACAGAUAAAAGUACUCCAGCAGCUUCAUCAAAAGCACUCUGUUGAAAGCUCACUUAAAGGCAACAGUCAAAUUGUUUUGCAAAUAAGCGUCCAGAUAACAAAAACAAAACAGCAAAUAGCCAAUUUACAGAAUCAAAUAGCUGUACAGCAAGCAACUUACAUGAAGCAACAACAGCAGCAGCAGCAACAGCAACAACAGCAACAGCAUCAAUCUGCUCCCUCUCAAUCGUCUGAUUACUACAAAACGUCUGUUCACGAUCCAAUGUCUGUACUUCAAAACAGCUUUAGUGACCUGGCUAUGAAUAAAGAGCCGCCAGUGAGUCAACAGCAAUCACGAUUGAACCAGUGGAAGCUUCCGUCACUCGACAAAGACGAUAUAACUGGAAAUGAAUUUUCCCGCGCACCUGGAUCGUCAAGUAAACCACCACCGACACCUGGUAGCUUGAGUCAUUCCCAUAGUAGCCCGAAUAUGAAUCCGCUGUUGGGACAAAGCGAUGGAACCUGGUCAACCAGAUUAGGAGACAGUGGCUGGCCGGAUGCCGGAAACAAUGACGCAACAGAUGGCAAAGAUUGGCAACCGGGCGGUGCUGCAUUCGCUGAUCUUGUUCCUGAAUUUGAACCUGGCAAGCCGUGGAAGAUGAAGAAUAUCGAAGAUGAUCCAACAAUUACUCCAGGAUCGGUAGUACGAUCUUUGUCUCUAGCUCCUCUCAAGGAUCCAGACACAAUAUUCUCAUCAAGCACAAAGACCUCGCCACCACCGCAGCUACAAAAUGUUGAUACUUCCAUUCCUAGUCUCAGUAAUUCCACGUGGAGUUUCAAUCCUCCUGCGACUACACCAAGUGCAUUCUCUAGCUCUAAAAAUACUUGGACGGACUCCGCGCCACCUCCAACAGCAGUGACCUCAGAGCUCUGGGGUGCUCCAAUGAACAAAGCUCGUCAGGGACCACCACCUGGACUAAGUAGCAAAGGUGCCACCAGCAAUGCCAGUAACGGAUGGGCUGGACUUGGUGGAGUCAGCAGAUCAUCUAGCUCAUGGGGAAUUCAUUCAACUGGUGGAGGCGUAGGCGGUGGCAAUGCUGGUUGGCUUGUCGCUGGCACAUGGCUUUUACUGAAAAAUUUAACUCCACAAAUUGACGGUUCCACCUUGAAGACUCUUUGCAUGCAGCAUGGACCUGUCCAAGAUUUCCGCUUGUACCUGAAUCAUGGAAUUGCUCUCACUAAAUACUCGUCUCGAGAUGAGGCUAGAAAAGCUCAAGGAGCUUUGGAUAAUUGUGUUCUCGGCAAUACGACAAUAUUUGCGGAAUCUCCAGCUGACAACGAGGUUCACACACUUCUGCAGCAAUUGAGUCACGGUGGCCAACAGCAAACAGGUGCCUCUGGCGGCAGUGGCUGGGGUCUGAGACCAUCAAACAAAGCUGGUCCACCACCCGACACAUGGGGCGGCAGCUCAAGUCAACUUUGGGGCGCUCCACCCUCCAGCAAUUCACUUUGGAGCAACUCUGGACUCGACAGCGGUGACGCUCAAAGAACUACUCCAAGUUCACUUAACUCGUAUUUACCCGGAGACUUAUUGGGAGGUGAGUCGAUGUAGAGAGUGUGACUAUCACACGCUCGUAUACUCGACCUGUGAUGUGAAUAAUGCUGAAGCUUAUACUCGGCAAGGAUCCAGAUUAACUACGUUUGAGACUUUACAACACCAGCUACAUUUAAUCCCUAAUCUUUUACCGGUUCGUUUGACACUUUUUACAUCAAAUAAAUAUUCGUCACUUAUCGAAUAAACUCAACGAUAAUAAUUAGGCAUGAUCAUUUCAAUAUCUAUAAAUAUAUAUAUAUACGUCUAUGUAUAUAUAUGGCAGUGAGGCAUCUCUGAGUAAUAACGAGCAAAAUGUCGGCAGUUUUUAACUGUCAGCAAAUUUUAUCUCGAUAUGUCAAUUACAUAACUGAUAGUGAUGCGUUUUUUGGAAUGAGUUACUUAAAAAAAAAUUAAAAAUAAAAUAAAAAAAAAUAUUCUAGGGCCUGUUAUCUUCAGAUACGUCGGGUCAUUAAGAAUUAAUGAACAGCCAAACGAUCUUACUGCGAUAAUGAAUAUUAAAAAGUACUAAUAUUUAUAUUAAAAACAAAAAAAGUGAACAGCAAACAUUUAAAAAAUAUAUAUAUAUAUAUAUAUAUAUAUAUAUGUAAAUAUAUAUAUAAAUUAUUGGCGAUCCGAUCGACAGUUCGGAGACCAUUGAAUAAGGAAUCGAAUUUUUCUUGUACAUUCAAUUCAAGACUACUUUAAUAAAAGUUUUGAACUGGAUAAUAAACAUUAGCCAUCGUGACUUUGAUGUUAACGACAUACAUGAUAUCCAUUGGGCAUGUUCUUAAUUAUUACCUCAAUUUUUGAAACUACGCACAAUCGCUUUAUGUAUAUAUGUAUAUUACACGUGGCGAUAUUCAAAUGAAAUAAUAGAACAAAAUAAAAUAAUAUAUAAAAUCAAUAAAUCAAUCAAUUAUAAAUGCCGGUUGAUGUUGAUUGUCGUUAGCAUCGAAUGCAAAGACAAAUCCCAGGCCAAAGGUCUCUGAUCGUUUCGGGGAGUGUUCCAUUUUUGCUGGACAGUUCGAAGACUGCAGCGAGUAUCAAACUUAGACUGUAUCAAUCUAAUCAAAAAAAAAAGAAAAAAAAAAUAUAAUAAAAAAAAAAAUCUUAAACGAGCAUUGACGUCGCUGCCCGCCGUCCUGCUGAUGAUUAAGACGAUAGGAAAAACGUGGGAAAUAGGAUUAAUUAAAUAAGGAAAAAAUAAAUUUAAUUUAAUUAAAUAAAUAAUAAUAGUAAUAAUAAUAAUAAUAAUAAUAUAAAUAAUAAUGAUAAUGAUAAUGAAUAUUCAGGCUGGCCGGGCAACGACACAACGAUACCAAAUGUUAUCGCAAUAACGUAAAUUUUAUUCUAUAUUAAAUCUAAAUGCCACCUGUCGUGCCAAUGUCCAGUGUUUCUCUGUACCAAUUAUUAAUGUAGAGUUUAAAACAAUUGACGAAAAAAAAAAGAAAAAAAAUAAAAAAAAAAAAAAAAAAAAAAAAAUAUUAAAAAAACAAAAAAAAAAAUAAUAAAUACUAAAUAUAUUAUUAUAGUAAUAAUAAUUAAUAUCGGGUAAGAAAAGAUCACAUUUUAAAUUCGAGUCAAGUCGUGGUGGCAUUAAAUACUGGCCGGUAUUAUAACGUUAUGCCUCCUUGUGAUACAAAAAUAAAAAUAAAAAAAAUUAAACGCGGGAACGGUCGAAACGAGAUUAUUUUAAAAAUCUUUAUCCGGUCGUUCACGACGUGAACAAAAUAAAAAAAUUAAUUAAUUAAAUAUACUAAAAAAUAAUAAUAAGAAUAAUACUUUUAAAAUAUUAACACUAACAAUAAAAUAAAAAAUGAAAAUUUGGAAAACUCGUACGCGCUUUGAAACGACACGGUGUCGUUUAUAUAUUAAAUAGUUUUUCCAACGUCGAGGUACCUGAUGGAGUUAAAACCAAACGACGAGCGAGCAAAAAAUAUCCAACAACAUGAAACACUUUUUAGCCGCGUCAAAAUAACUACAAUGAAUAAAAAAAAAAAAUUUUACUAAUAAAAUAUUCCGUGUUGUUAAUUAACACGACGAGCUUUUCAGAUUUAAAAUAAAUAAAAAAAACGAGCAAUUUAAUAGCCAGAAUAAAAAUAAAUUUAUAAAAUAUGAUCAGUAAAAUAGAACAAUCCCAUUUCGAAUCGAAAAGUAAUCAAUCAGUAUAAUAAUAAGCAGAUUAAGUAAUAAAAAGUAUAGUUACGUUUGAAUAAAUAAUAAAAAAACAUACAAAAUAUUUGCGCAAUAAAUAAAAAUAGGUAAACAAAAAAAGUUUAAGAUACGGACAAAUAAAAUGACGCGCGUCUAAUACACAAUUUUAAGUGACACACAUUGAGCUAAAGGAAGAUUCAUAUUUAAAAAAAAAACUUAAACCUCAUGAUAAUUCUAUAAGCGAAUUUAACUGUAAGAUUUAAUUAAUUAGCCGUUCAAAUCGUAAUAAGGAGAAAUAACGAGAGAUAUGACAAUGAUACACAUACGCCAAUUUCAAUACAACGCCACGACUAAGUUUAAAAAAAAAAAACAUAUAUGUACAUUACAUUUAAAAAAAAAACGACAGACUUGCACACAAACGAUGAAAUUUUGUUUUACUUAAUUUAUAGAUCGCAUAUGUGCGUGCAUGUGUAUGAAUGACGUAUGCCAAUGUGUUAAGAAAAAAAAAAUUAAAAAAAAAUAUGCGUAUUAAUUACUAGGGCCACGGAUAAUUAUAAGUAUAAAAAUGAAUAAUAAUAAUAAUUAUUAUUAACGGAGAGUUUCACGAAUUACCUUUUCAUUCCCAGCGGAAUAUACCAAUUUUAUAAUUUUAUUUUUUUGUUUUUAAUUAUAAUUUUUAUUUUUAGUAAACUAAUGUUUUUUUUCUUUUGUCGUAAUUUAAUUUAAAUCGACUAGCGCCCUAUUUUAUUCUACGAACGUAGACUUUAAGCUACUACCUAAGUGUUUUAACGAUAUAUUUAAUAAAUAAUUAAAUAUAUAUAUAUUAUAUAGAUAUUAUAGUUGCCCGGUCAGACCGUGAAUGGGAUUAAAAAAUAAUAUAUAGAUAUAUAAUAUAAAUAUAUCAAACUACUCUUUGAAAUAUAAUAUAAAAUAUAAAAAUAGUCAGAUCAGAAGUUGAAUAAUAUAAGCCUACGUGUUUAUGUGGCAUUUAGCUUCCGAUACUCGUGUCGGUAUCCGCGGGAUUGUGUUCGUCAAGUCGUCAAGUAUUAAUACUACUUUACGCGAGACUCGUCAGGGUGAAAAUAGCACUAAAUUACAGGACAAAAUAAAAAAAAAAAGAAUAAUAAUAAAUAAAUAAAUAAUUAAUCAGAGCCAGGUGAAUUUUUAAAUUAAAAAAAAAAAGUAUUUACAUACCGCGUAUGUCGCGUUAAUAAAACUAUAAUAUUUAUUAUUAAUUGAAGGAAUCAAAGACGAAAUGGUGAAACUUUCUCAGAGUAGUAGAAAGAUAUUUGUUGUGAUAAUAAUAUUGAAUUUAGGCACUUAGGAUUUCUUCUAUUCUGACGAAUCAAUCUAUAUGACUGUUCGUUAACGUCGUGUAGAUCGAUAAUAAUUAUUAAUUAAUCUAAUUAAUAUAUAUUAAUAAUAAUAUUAAUAAUAAUAAUAAUUGGAGGUCUGGAAUAUUUAAAAUUAAUAAAAUAUUAAAUAAUUAAGAGAGAUAGAAGAUGAGGGAGGGGAGGAAAAAUAGCCUUUUAUAUCAUCCACGUAACAGGCGAAAAAUUUCGAGAGGACACUUAGUUAAAUAUUUAAACACACACACUUAUAAAAUAAUAAAGUAAAAAAAAAAAAAAUAAUACAAUAAUUUAGAUGUAAACGCGCUUGCGCGCACGUAGUCCCCCCGAUCAACUUUGUGUACACGUAUAAAUAAAAUAUAAUUUUAGUACUGAUAGGACUUUAAAUAAUAAAUAUAAAGUACUACGAUUUUUAAUAUUAAUAUAUAUAACAUAUAUAUAUUUAUGGAGAGCUAUUAGCCUAUCUUACACUAUUAUUUAACGAUGAUUAAUAAAUAAAUAAAAUAGCGCUUAGUCAGUUAGUUGAGAGAUGAUGCCGUUUAUCAAUUAAUAUUGUCAGAUAAUUUAAAAUGUAUGUGGCAAAUUAGACACACGAUAUUUAUAACACCGAGAGCUUGUAAUACUAUCACUCAUAUUUAUUAUAUUAAUAAUAUAUAUGCAAGUUAUUAAUUUACGGAUCUAGAUAUAGAUAUACAUUUAUGUAUAUGGAUUUAAUAAUCGAAGAAUCAAAACAUCAAUCAUCGCCACUGUCGCUCUUUCUUUAUAUAAAUUAUAAUAUUUAUAAAAUAUUAUUAUUAUAUAUGUAUUUUAUGCGAGUGCAUCAAAAAUACGUCGCGCACAACAUUUGCUGCUCGUCCACUACUUUUUAAGGAUCAAUGUCUUUCCUAUUAUUAUUAUUACUAUUAUUAUUAUUAUUAUUAAUAUUACUAUUAUAAUAUUAUUGCUUGCUCUCUCUCUCUCUAUCUCUCUCCUUUCAUCGCGCUCUCAAUUUAAAUAAUCCAGUAUUAUCGUCACUGGAAAUUUGUGUUUUAAAUUUAUUGAUAAAUAAUGAUAAUAAAAAAAAAUGUUUUAAUUGAAAUACUUGAAUAAAAUUAACGUGCCUAUCUCCCUGGAGCCGUGAAAAUUACUCGCCAACAACGAUGCGGAUACAAUCAUGACAAUUUUUCUGACACUGACAGUGUCAGUAAAUAUAAAUUUUCAUUUUUUGAUUUAUUUUUUUUCAAAUAAAGAGAAAGAGCGACAAUCGCGGUUAUUCGCGAUAUUAACGAUCCUCGCUGCAAAGUCUUGAGUUUGUCUGGCUUAGCUUUUGUCUAUUUUUUUUUCCAAAGUCUUUUUUAAAUUCUCUUAAAGUUUUAAUUAUUAUUAUUAUUAUUAUUGUUAUUGUUUUUUAAGUAUCUUUGUGUAUUAUUAAACUAAAAUUAAUCAUGACUAGUUUUUUUUUAUACGUAGUGCGCAAGAUCCGCGAGAACGACCAACGAAAUAUCGGGGACAUAUGACGUGCGUGAUCUUAACUUUCUACAAGUGACAAAUGUCUUUUUAAAAAAUUUUAUUUUUUCUUUAUUUAAAUCAAGGACAGCUCGUUACACGGUAAUUUACCACUGAGCUUUUGUUCUUUAAACUAAACUAAUAAAUAAAACUCCACAUACAUUUUACGUGACCCAGUGUAAAUCGGACUCGUCGGAUAGGCUUUUUACAGAUUAAAUAUAAAAAAAAAAAUAUAUAUAGGUCCCACAGGAAAGCGAUAUUUUAUAGUAUACAUAGAUCAUUAUUAUUAUUAUUAAUUAUUAUUAUUAUUAUUAUUAAUCAUUAUUAUUAUUAUUAUUAUUAUUAUUAUUACUUAUUAAGUGGAAAAAAACACCUGUAAUGUGAUAUUCUCGUGUCUUGUGCGACGUGAGACGUUGUUCUGAGAUAUAAUUGGCGUUUGUCUUUGCGCGUAAGUUAGUAAGGGACUAUUAAUUUAAAAAUAUAUACAUAAUAAUAAAAAAAAAAUUUUAAAAAAAGAAAAAAAAAUAAGAUACUAAUAAUAAUAAAAUAAAGUAAUCCGGCUGAAAAAUCUUGAUGUUUGACCGAAAAGAAUGAAGUAGGAUAAGAUAUUAUAAAUAAAUAUAUAUAUAAAUUUAUGUUUAAAAAAAAAAACCCCAAAAAAAUGUUUGAACGGCGUGAAUAAGUGAGAUAAGUUCAAAGUUAUCAUGAUUAUUGUCGUGGCUCAAAUAUUAAUGUUGCGGUUAUAUCAAACGCAUUAUUUUAUUCCCAACUUUAUAUUAAAUAUAUAUAUAAAUCUAUAUAUAUUUUUUUUGUUGUUUAUGUUUGAUUGUACAUUUUAGUUGAAUGGGUGUCUUAUCAUUGCAUAUAUAUAUAUAUUUUUUUUUGGUGUACCGGGUAUUUCUUCCGGCGAAGUUUUACUUCGCCUUUGAUAGUCCAUAAAAAUCUGAUUUUAUAUGCCAUUUUAGUUUUUAAGGGUGUUUAGUUUUGCUGUUUUUUUUCUGUUUGGUUUUACUAUUAUUAUUAUAAAUAUCAUUAUUAUUAUUAUUUAAUGUUACGUUUGUAAUUACGCAGUGAAAAGUCAAAUCCGUCGUCGUUAUCAUCGACCUCUUAUAUUAUUAUUAUUAUUAUUAUUAUUAUUAUUAUUAUUAUUAUUAUUAUUAUUAUUUGAAAUUGAGUAAUAUAUAAAACUUGGCACGUUAUUCUCGCAACAAAAAUAAAUUAUAAAAAUAAAAACUUAAACUCGUGUAUAAAUAUUAUGAGAAUUUCCGAGCUACUCACGCACAUUCUAUGCUUAUACACUUUAACGGUAUUUAUUAUUAUAAAUAUAUAUUAUUAAUUAUUAACAUAAAAUAAUUGUUACUCGAUCAAACAACUUAUUUUUUCUGCUCACAAUAAUGCAUUUAGUCCGCUUGAUAUUGUUAAAUUUAAUCGCAAUUUAUUUAAUCCUAUUUUGUUUAUUAUUUUAGAUCUUAUUAAAUAUAGUUUUUAUGAACAACAAUGGAGGAAAGUAGUAGACGAUUAACCGAAUCGGCCCUCAAGUCUCGUACCUGAAAUUUCAAACAUUAGUCCUACGAUUAAUGUUUUUUUUUUCUUUUAUUUUUAUUUUAUUUUUUUAAAAAUCCAACUCCGUGUGCAGUCGUUUCGGAGUCGGCUAGUCGAAACAAAACUGCAAAAUAAUAAUAAUAAUAAUAACAAUAAUAAUAAUAAUAAUAAAAUUAAUAAACUAAAUCAUUUUUUAAGUACUCGGUCCCGGUUACGCUUCGUAAGGUUGUUUAAUUAUUUAGUUAUUUUUUCUCUUCAUUAAUAAAAUAAAAAAGUAAACGGCCAGCUUGAAAUAGACGUACAGAAUUUAAAUAGUAAUAGAAGAAAAAAAGGAAUGAGAGGAAAAGAGUGAGAGUUAAUCAAUCUGUGAUCUAAUGAUCGAUUGACUGGUAUAUAUAACAUAUAUAUGUAUAUGUGUGAUUAUUAAUCGGGCAGAUAAUUCCUCAUAAACGCACUUAUUCCAUAAGCUUUCAAUUAACUUUAGAGGGAAAUGGUAAAAUUUAUUAUUUUAAAAGUUAUUAUUUAUCGAAAGUACCACCAUUUAUUAUUAAUAUAAAUAUUAUUAUUAUUGCUACCGCUGUAAUUAGUAUUUGGUCUAUUAUUACUGUUAUUAAAAUAAUUAAUGUUGCUUAUAAUCAGUAUGACUAUCGUUAUUGUUACAGCCACAUAAGACUCAUUGCGAUAUUUAUACUGAAUAAAUUACACAUUAUUUAUCUAAUAAAUAUAUAUUUAUAUAUACAUAUGUAUACUCUUGCUACGCCUUAUUAUCUUGGUAUAUAUAUAUAUUUUUUUUUCAAUCAUCAUUAAUUAUUUAAAAUGCACUUUCAUAUAUUUUACAAAUAAAUAACGCGACAAACGCUUAUUGUGAUUGGCUACCGAGCAUAUAAUUAUUUUUUUCUUUUUUUUCAAUUAAUACGUGAGGCAAUAAUUGAUUUUUCAGAAAAGGGAUCUCGUACUACGAUGCGUUAAUUGUUUAUGUGAAUAAUUAUUCGUGAUAAUGGCAAUUAAUAUAAAUAUAAAUAUAUAAAUUUACACACGUGUUUUUAGCAACGAGUAUUCAUUCGAACUACCUCGAAACAUUAUUUUUCCUAUUUCUCAAUGCUGUUCAUUAAAAUACACGUUUUCAUUUAACACAAUUAUUAUUAUUUAUUUUUUUUUUUUAAAUUAUAAAAUAAACAAGCGUAGAGCUCGCGGUUAUUUAUUUUCAGUUUAUUAAUUUAAUAUUUAAAUAAUUACGGAAUGAUUGUUAAUCAGGCCAUUCCAGCUUUGUAUGAUUAGAGUGUGUUGAUAUAAAUGAAUAUAUAUAUAUAUAUAUAUAUAUAUAUAUAUAUAUUUAUAUAUAUAUAUAUAUAUAUAUGUAUAUUUUUUUCGUGCCAGAAUAAUAAUAGUAAUAAUUAUAAAUUAACAGCCUUUCGUUUUUAAAAAAAAAAAAUAAUUUACCUAGUCGGGAGGUCGUAUCACAAACCAAAACAACAGGAUGUGAUAAUUAAAAAAAAAAAUAAAAAACUUGAUACAAGGGGUUAAAUGUAACUGACGACGGAUAAAUUCAGUUCAAAUUUAGUAUUACGCGUGGAAUAUAACGUAAAUAAUUAUCAUUGAUUAUUAUUAUUAUUAUUAUUAUUAUUGUUGUUAUUAUUAUUAUUAAAUUAAAUAAAUUAACACAUAUGUUACUUUAUUAAAUUUUAAAUUUAUAAACAAGGGUAUUUAUUUAUUUAUAAAUGAAAAAUUGAUAUCGAUAUAUAAGGGUAUAAAAAAUAAAAUAAGCGCCGUAGUUAUAUCGUGAGUGAGAUAGGAAAGAAUAUGUUGCAAAUGUAUGUUAUGGUAAAAAUAUGAAUUGAAUGUGCAUACUAAGUGUUCAAUAAGCGAAUUUAACAUACGCAUAUUCACACGUACAGACGCGACGGUUUUUACUUAUAUUUUUUAUCUUUAUUUAACGAUCUAAAUUUAUAGCACAGCGACGAGUGGUUUAUUAAUUUUUUAAAAAUAUUUUAUUGCUGAAUAAUUUAACGGAAUGUGCGAAAACUCUUUGCCCUUAAUAGUAUUUUUUUUUUUUUUUAAUUUAUUAGGCCAUUAGGUGCAUUUUAAAUAUAAGGACAGAAGAGUAGUGUUCAUUCCACUUGGCCGAUUGCGUUCGAUCUUUUAUUGUAAUAAUAAUAAUAAUAAUAAUAAUGAUAGUAAUAGUAAUAAUAAUAAUAAUAAUAUUGCGACAGAGCGAGAGGUAAUGGUGACUCUGUACUAGCACUUAUUUAAACUAAUGGUCAUUUGAAAAAGUUAUUUUAUUUUUUUUGGCAUAAAGUAAAUAUAAUUGAUUAGAAAAAUAAAAUUUUAUUUAAUUAAUUAAAAUAAAAUAUUUAUUUAUUGGAAAUCAUUAAUUAAAUUAUUUAAAUAAUUGGAAAAUAAAAAAAAAAUAAUAAAAUACUUUUCAAAUAUUAGAUCUCGGAGUUUCGAUAAUUAUCAAGUGCGAAUUACAAAACGCAAAAUAUAGAGUUUUAAAAUAUAUACAUAUAUAUGUAUAAUUUUAAGAGUAAAAAAAAUUCGAGAAGGAUACCGUGGUAUGGUUCUUCUCAUCACUGCUCAUUUGAAGCCAAAAAAUAAUUAAAAGAAAAAAAAACUAAAAAUGCCUAUGAGGGAUCAAUGUAACAUGAAAAUAUCAAUAAGAACAUAUUUUUAGAAUAUAUUCUAUCGCUGAUUGUUUAUCGUAACGUUUAAUAAUUAAAAAAUUAAUAAAAUAACGUACGGUAAUUAAGUAAUUGCGGUGGGCUAGUGUAUCAUAAUUGUCCCGAUUAGAUUUUUAAAAUACUAAUAUAUAUAUAUGAUUGACUCAAUAAAAUUAUCGUUCGAUCUCUAUGGGCCAUUUAUUAUUUAUUUAUUAUUAUAUUUUUUUUCGCUUGCUUUUAAUGUCAAUUUAAACGUGAUAAUUCACAAUAAGCUCUCCAGUAUAAAUAAUUAAUAAAAAAAAAAAAAAAUAAUAAAUAAAUAAUUAAAUAAAUUUAGACAGAAAAGUGAUCUGAUUCUUGUGAAUUCCAAAAUAAAUAGACAAUUUAUAAAAGACAUUAACGAAUCUGAAUAUUAUAUAUAUAUAUUUAAUAACAAUAACAGUAACAGUAACUAUAAAUUUAUCUAAUGAAAUUAACUUGUCGCUCUAAUUAAAAAAUAUUAUUACUAUAAUUAAUGUGAAUAAGGCCCACCCACUUGUGCGUUUCAAAUAACAUUUAUUUAUUACGUUACUAAUUAAACUAAUUACCACUAAUCAGUACUUGUAACAAUCGGUAAAAAAAAAUAAAGUUGUCCAAAAUGUUAUUUAGGCUUACAAAGCUUUCAACUAUAAACUCUCUGUGUGUAAUUUUUAGCAAAAUCGCGUUUCUCCGUCGCUAAAUUGCGACAUUAUUCUCUAGCGAAUAUUGAUAUCGAUUACCAUUGCGGUUAAUUAUAAAAAUAAUAAUAAAUUAAGUGAGAGUAUGCGUAAGUAAGAGAAUAAAAUAAAAUCCACACUCUUUGAUAUCUGAUAAUAAUUUUUGGUGUUAAUUUAAAAUUUAAAAUUUAAAAACCCUUGCAAGUAAUUAAUCGAUGUGAGAAUAAUUUAAUUGAGGAAUAAGCGAACGGUGAAACCCUAUUGCUCCGAUAUACGCUUAAAUUGUGUUGCCAAUCAUACUAUUAAUUAACUUUAUUCGUUUUUAAUCUAUUGUAUUUUUGCGGUUUUUAGUCGCGAUUAUUUUUUUUCUUAUAGUUUUUAAUUAUUCAUUAAUAUAAUUAAUAUACUUUUGCGUCAAUUUAUUGAUUAAGUAAUAUAUAUAUUUAUAAAUAAAUAAAUACAUACAUACAUACAUAUAAAUAUAUACUAUCUAUAUAUAUUUAUAUAUAUUACUUGCUGUGCGAAUAUAUAUAGUGUUCUCUCUCCAUUGUAAUGUCGCGUGUCAAAUUUAGCUUUCAAGUAUUUAUUAUAAUAAAUAAAAAAAAAAAAUGCAUCUACGACUUAUAGCGAAUUCAACGAGAUACCAAGACCGAGUUCCCGAAGUUGUUUAAAAAAAAAAAAAAGAAAAAAUCUAAAACGAAUUUAUUGAUAUUGGAAAUAAAGUUUAAAUAUUUAUCGGUCGCGUAUUUAAAAUAAUGCGUCCCUAGUUUAUUUAAAGUGAUAUUGGAUUUUAUUGACUAGGAACAAAAAUAAAUUUUAAAUAAAAUAUUAAAUAAAUUGCUUCCAAAUUUUGGGGACUCAAACUUUAAAUCAAUGCAACAAAUAAUUAAAAUAGAGAGAGAGAAAGAGAGAAAAUAAAUGGUUUUAAUGAAAGUAAAGAUUGGAGAUGCGUGAAGUGUUGAUUAAUUGAAUUAAAUAUAAUUGAUUGCGCACAUGAGCUGAGAGGGUAGUAAGAUUUGUGAGGGAGAGAAUGAGAGAGAGAGAGGGAGAGGGAGAGAGAGGAACACGGGAAUUCCAUGUUACAGUGCCUAAGUACACACGACACGUCCGUCGUGAAUCUUAAUUAAAAGAUUGCGCGAUAAAUCCUGCUUCUUCCAAAUAAUUGCUUUCACUUCGGAUCUAUUUAAAAAAUAAAUUAAAGGAAAUGCGCGGCAUGUUACGGAAGAACAUGCUUUAAAUCUAGUCGUAUAAGAAACAAAAUAAUAAAAUAUAUAAGAAAGUCCCCUAAAAAUAAUAAUUUUAAAAAAUUUAUAAAUCAGCAAUGCAAGACUACUCCGGGCGUGAGAGUGAAAGACUCGUGCGUGAUUAAUAAAAAAUAUAAAUAAAAAGUAAUUACAUACUUAGAGUUUAGAGAUCGACAAGUGACCUUACAAGUCCCCCUUCCCGAAGGUCUCCUUUCUCCAAGUUUAUUAUCGAGAAAAUAAGACUCAAAAGUCUGUCGUGUCAUCCUCUUCUAUCCUCUCGCUUCUGCUCGCAUUAUUUAUUUAUCUCUCUUAUUUAUUAUUAUCAUUACGAAUCAUAUAUAUAUAUAUAUAUAUAAAUAUAUAUAUUAUUAUUAUUAUUAUCCAUAUUAUAAUUAAAAUAAUAAAUUUAUUAUGUGAAACUAACAAAAUCAAAACUAACGUGUGCUUAUUAAUUAAAAUAAUUCUCGUAAAAUUACAAUGAAAAUUUACGGGGCGCUGUAAUAAUUUUAAAUUGCAUUGAAAAUAUUUAAGGAAAAAAAAACUAAAAAAAAAAAAAAAAAAAACUUAAAAAAAAUGAAAAAAAAAUGAAAAAAAAAAAUAAUAAUAAUUUUAAAAAUAAAGCGAUAAAACCAAAAUUAUAUUAUCUUAAAAAAAAGCGCCAAAACGUGCCCCUCUCCCCUCCCCCCUCCUCUUUACACUACACGAAAUACAUUUCAGUGUUUAAAAUAAUAAAACUUUGAAUGAAACACUAAAUAAUAAUAAUAAAGUGAAUCACGUUGUAUGAUAUACAUAUAAUAAUAAUGAUUAUAAUUAUAAUUAUAAUUAAUAAAGUAAACAAAUGAAUUUAUAUAUAUACAAAAAAUAACGAUAAUAUAAAAAUAUAUUUAACCGAUAUGUUAUACAAAAAAAAAUAUUAUUAUUAUAAAUAAUAAUAAUAAUAAUUAUUAUUAUUGAUAAUUAAUGAAUUAAUUAAUUAUUAAAAAUACUACUGUGAGUAUAAUAUUAUGCCAAUUAAAUAAACGCGAGUAUUAAUGAUGAUUAAUGAACAACAAAAAAAAUAAGCAAAGUAACAUUUAAGAUUAAUUAUAAUAAUAAAUAAUUUAAAGAUAUAAAAAAUAAUAAUUAUUAUUAUUAUAUUAUACUGGUUAAUUGAUUAAUUAAUUAAUUAUAAAAGUACACUCUGAUUAGGGGUCUCUAUGUGAAAUGUGUUGUGAGCACUAGGCUAUUUCUCUUUCGUAGUUAACUAGAUUUUUAACGACUUAGUCUGUAAUCUGCUAAGUAUUUACUUGUCUGCAUAUCCCACGAUGCAUUCAUGUACGUACAUUUAUUUAUAAUUAAAGUAACGAUAAUUGUAAGUCAAAAAAAAAAAAAUAAAAAAUGAAAAACAAAAAAAAAAAAAAAAAAAAAAAGGAAAAAUGGAUAAUUGUAACUAAUACGCGGGCAGAACACUCGCACACGUGAUCAUGGCAGUGUCUUAUCAUAAUAAAUGUUAAUAACAGCGGUACUGGUGAUAUCAAGUGUGCGAGUGUGUGUGAAUUAAUUUUUUUUGCGUGUUACGGGUGUGGGUGCGGGCGUGGGUGUGUAGAGUUUUAAUAUAUAAAUAAAUAUUAUAUAUUAUUAUUAUAAUUAUAAUAACAAUAAUAAUAAAAAUAAUAAUAAUAAUAAUAGUAGUAGUAAGGGAAAACAAUGAAAAUAAUAAUUAAUUAAAAUAAAAAAUGUGAAACGAAUCUAUAAAUAUUAAAUAACAGUAACAGAUACGUUCCAAGACGAGUGACAUUGUUAUCCCAAAGUACGGAGAGACUUAACGAUUUAAAACCGUUUUUAUAAUGAGUAUUUUUAUUUAUAUACAUAUAUGUUUUUUUUUUUUUUUUAUAAUGAUUGUGUUGAUAUUUAUAAAGUAAUUAUUGAAUUUAAAUUAAAUGAUAGUGGAAUUUUAAAUCCUUAUUGCAAUAAUAUAUAAUGCAUUAAAUGUUUUGUUGUUUUGUUUUGUUUUGUAAUGGAUAUAAUUAAAAUUAAAAUUAAAAAAAAAAAAAAAAAAAUAUUAGUUACACGAUCGUCUGAACUAAGUUUUAACUGGUCAAUACCCGCGCGCUCGCCAAUGCUCAUUAACUCGGAGGACCUUAAAUUUAAGACUGUUCUUUUUUAAGCCAUAGAACUGAUAUUAGUGAUGAGAGAUAUGGUAAAUUUAUGAUAUGAGGAAAGCCAAUUAGAAAGAAGUAAAGAGAGGGAGAGACAGAGUAAAGUUUUAAACUCGAGUCAUUGAGAUCGUUAGAAAAAAUUCUAUACUUAAUUACGUGGUUACAAAAAAUAAUAAUAAUAAUAAUAAUAAUAAACAACAAAUAAUAAAAAUAAAUAUUCAUAUAUAUAUAAAUAUAUAUAUAUUUUAUUUAUUUGUUAAUAAAAUAUUGUUGAGUAAUUAUUGAGCGCAAGGCUUUCACGUCAUUACAUUUUUUUUCGUAUUUAAUAUUAAUUAUUGAUCUUUAUAAGGGUAAAGUUUAAUAGCAAGUAGGGAGAUGUCUUGAGAGACAUGUGGGUGGGAUAUUGAUUAAAGUAUAAGGGGAUCUGGAGAAUGCUCGCCUUUUGGUGAACACCAACUCCUCGUGCAAUCGUAGAAUUAAUAUUUAGAUUUUAAAGUCUCUUAGGCUGUACUAUUGUCGCGUGGGUGACUCUACUCUCUAAUUAUUUAUAUAUCAACUUUUUUUCUUUCAUUAUAUCAUUAUUAUUAUUACUACUAUUGCUAUUCUUUAUCAGUAAGGAGAGUGAGUCGAAUUACCCUCUUUAGUUUAGACGCGAUCGCACAAACAUCGUGGGUCGGAGGUAAUUUUAAUAAAAUAAAAUAAAACAAAACUUUUUAUGUUACUUUAUGUAUUUUUAAUAUUAAUAUUGAUAUUUAAAUAAUAAUACUCGUAUUUAAAUUCUGUUUUAAAUCGUAUUUAAUUUAUGGUGCGAUAAAAACAAAAUAUUAUCUCUCCGUAACUUUAAAACAUGGCCUUAAUAUACUUAUCAUAGACAUAUGUAGAUCGUGCAUAUUGUUACAACUAGCUGACUAUAAUAUUUUAUUUUAUUUUAUUGUUCUUUUUUUUUUUUAUCAAUAAAGAAAAUUAGCGGGAGGUUUUUAAGUCAGACGUAAAUUAUAUAUAAUUAUGUAAAUUGUGUUAACUUGUGACACUGACGGACGUACAUUUAUAAAAUAAAUUUAAUUGAUGUAUUAAAUAAUUGCAUACCGAUACCACAGUUCAAUUAGUUUAAUAAAUGUUAAGUUAAAUAUUAUUAUUAUUUAAACACAAAAUAAAUGUAGUGUUUAAAUUUUAAAAAAUGCGUAAACGAGCACAUUGUUAAUCUCGAUAUAUCACACCGUACAUUAUCAAUUAAUUAUUGCCCAGCUUAUUUUCUCAUGUAUUUUAUAUCCAAAUGAUUUUUUCUAAGUUUAUCUUUUUAAUUAUAUAUAUAUAUUAUUUAUAAUUUUUUUGUUUUGUUUAUUUAUGUUUUUAUCCGCUCGCAGCAAAUUAUCUAACGCUCGAGUAAAAAUCAUGAUAACAUUUUAUUUAUACAAUACACUGUCAAUUUUGAUAAAAAAAAAAUUAAACAAAACAAAUAGUUAUAUUUUAAAAUUAAAUAAAAAAUAAAAAAAAAUGAAAAAAAAAAAAAAAUUGAUGUGUUUGCGCGAUGGCUGUGCGCAAUUUUUACGAAGUUAUGAUAAGGAUUUCGAUCAAAUUUUCACGUCUCACAGGAUAGUAAUAAAUUUAUUUAUAAUAUAUAACACCAGUGUUACUGUUUUAUAUUUAUUUUUGACUUAUUAAUUCACAAAUAUAAUAAUCAAAGUAAUUAAAACAACGAACUAUCGAUUGUGAACGUGCAAAUAUGACUGAUUAAUCCAGUUUAUUAAAUUAUUAAUAUUAUUUUUUCUUCUAUUCUUUUUAUGCAAAAAAGUAUCAAGCAACUGUACCUAAGUAGUGUAAUGAUAUCUAUUUUCAUUAUUAUUAUUAUUUUUAUUCAUUAUUAUAUUAUUAUAUUAUUAUUAUCAUUAUAUUAUUAGUUAUUAUAUAUGAUUAAGAUUAUUAUGAAAUAAAAAAAUUUAAAAAUUGUAA